ACGCCUUUCAACUUCCUUUCUGCCUUGUACGUGUCUCGUCGUGAACACGCGAAAACCUUCUCUCCAUAAAAAUGCGUUACGUUGCUGCUUACCUGCUUGCUGCCCUGGGGGGCAAAGAUAGCCCUCAGGCAGGUGACAUCAAGAAGAUCCUGGAAAGUGUUGGCAUUGAAGCCGAUGACACCCGCAUGGAGAAGGUGAUUUCAGAGCUCAAUGGCAAGAAUGUUGAGGAUGUGAUCGCUCAAGGCUUUAGCAAACUUGCCAGUGUGCCAUCUGGUGGCGCUGUAGCUGUUGCCAGCUCUGCUGCCCCCAGCGCAGGAGGAGCUGCCGCCCCUGCCGCCGCAGAGGAGAAGAAAGAAGAGAAGAAGGAGGAGUCUGAGGAGUCUGACGACGACAUGGGCUUUGGACUGUUUGACUAAUUUGUCACCUCAGGACCAAACCAAUAAAAUAUUUGAUAAAAAAAGAA